AUGCAGGCAUUGAGUAAGCAGGUUCAAACUCUUAGCUUUUUAUUAGGCACGCCGCUGAUCAAAACUAGUAUUGUCAUUAUCCCGGACACCAGCGGGAGCGAAAGCGCCUCUCUGUACCCAACAGCUGAGCUCCAACGCGACUUUCCUACUGCUAGAAUUAUACGCUUUGGCUGUGUGGACAGCCAGGUAUGUGCUGAAGAACUCAUUCAGCUGAGGGCCGAAAAUCAAUCUCGGCCUAUUGUUUUUCUAGCCUGCAGUUCCAACUUAUAUCGGUUUGAAACGAUGAUCCCAGUCCCAAGUCUUUGCAAACAGUGGGAAACUAUACUCAAACACACUAUUGGCAUAGUUCUCAUUUGUACGGCAAGUGAUCAUAACCUUACUGGAUUACUGUCGGCUCUUAAAGAUACGAAUACUCAGCUACAAGCAUUUCGCCUGCUUCCAAAGCUGCGAUACGAGUCUGUCAACAUGGUCUUUGGGCCAUCGGGUGUAGACCUGACUGUCGAUGGAGAGCCUACACGGCAUCUCCUCAACGUUAUUACUACCUACGACGCAUACUCUGGCACCAUUCGCGGAAUUCUUCAACAAUGGCUCAGAAACCAUGAAACCCAACCAUUGUGUUCAAGAGGAAAUGCUCAGCGGCCUUUUCGAUCAAGGCAAAAUGGAAAGAUGGUUUUUAACGGGACAGUAUCUGGUCAAAAUAAAUCGUGCUUUUUUCUCCUUCCAAAAUAUACCGAUAAUGAAAGGAACGUAAUAAAUGAUGCUGUACAUGCUAACAUCGAGAGGGGCGAAAAAAAUGCAGCGGUGCAUCACCUUUUCAGCCUAAAGCUGUCAGCUGAAGGCACUAUCGCUGCAGUCCUGGACUUUGCGGAGGCACCUCAAAACAUUUCGGAGCCGCGCGCCACAAGGACCGCAGAACACAAAUACUGGGAGUUAGGACAGCAUAGGCUCAGCGAGGCUCCAAAUUUGUCGGGAUGUAAUGGUACUCUGUAUUGGUAUUUAGAAGGAUUGUUCUAG